CCCAACUGAAACGGUGUCGUACGAUAUCACUUUUCUGUUUUCCUUCAUUUGAAUGGUACCAAACAUGAUUAGUAGAGAAGAAGAAGUUUGAGUUGCUGUAAAUCACUAUCAAAAAGGAGAGCAGCGUGAUAAUUGAACUAAAGAACCCUAUCAUCAUAGUGUUCUUCACGAGAAUAAAGCUAAUCAUAGCUCUAGUUUGUCGACAUAAUUAUGUGUUUCUGCAUGUAUUGUGAAGAACAAGAGGUGAAGAAAUAAGAAUGAGUAAAGCUAGAAAGAAAAAGGGGAUCUUUUUUUGAAUCUAGGUAUCCCCAAAUGCCUUUUCUUUAUCUUCCUUUUUGAGCAUUUAAGCUAUGGCUGACGAUUUCUGCGACUUCACCAAGGAUACUUUCAUCUUAAAGCAACCAAAGAAAUCUCCACUGCUGCUGAGAAUGGUGGUUUUACUUUUUGCAAUGAUAUGUGGAAUAUAUGCAUGUUCAAUUUGUCUGAAACAAAUUGGUUCGCGUUCCAGUGGACUGCUUGCGACUGUUCAUGUCGUUGAAAGGCCAUGUGAGACGACUAAUGUUGACCCUUUGGAAAAACCUUACAUGCACUUCCCCAAGCCAAAAACUUUUAGCCGGGCUGAGUGUGCUUGCAAUCCUGUAAGGUUUUUUGCGAUUUUCUCCACUCAGAGGUCUGGCAGUGGAUGGUUUGAAACGUUGUUAAACAGCCAUAUGAAUAUAAGCUCUAACGGGGAGAUUUUUUCUGUUAAAGUCCGUAAAAGUAAUGCAUCAACAAUUUUGGAAACAUUGGACAAACUCUAUGACCUAGACUUUUUGACCAGCGCUUCCAAGAAUGAAUGUACAACUGCAGUUGGUCUGAAGUGGAUGCUUAAUCAGGGUCUAUUGCAGCAUCAUGAGGAAAUUGUUGAGUAUUUCAAACGGAGAGGAGUUUCUGCAAUUUUUCUCUUCAGAAGAAAUCUUUUGCGCAGAAUGGUUUCAAUUCUAGCAAAUUCCUAUGAUCAAAAUGCUAAGCUGUUGAAUGGAACCCACAAGUCUCAUGUGCAUUCUCCCAAGGAGGCUGAGAUUCUUGCAAGUUACAAGCCUAGAAUAAAUACAACGACGCUGAUUGCAAACCUAAAGCAAAUACAAGGCAUGACUGCUAAUGCUUUGGAAUACUUCAAAAGCACUCGGCAUAUGAUCUUGUUCUAUGAGGACAUAAUAAAAAAUCAGACUAUGCUGAAUGAUGUUCAAGAUUUCCUGAAAGUUCCAAGAAUGGAUCUCCGUAGUCGUCAAGUGAAGAUACACAAGGCGCCAUUGUCUUUGCAAGUUGAAAAUUGGAGUGAUGUUGAAAAGGCACUCAAGGGAACACCUUAUGAAAGCUUCCUACAUGCAGAUUACAAAAUAUAAAUGUGCAGUUCUUGUGUAUAUGUAGCUUCUGUUGUUUAAAUCUAUUCUUUCAUUAUUUAUGUGUAAGCAGAAGCUAGCGGGAUUUGGCUAAGGCAGGUUGUUACCGAGUUCCUCUUGUUUCAGGUAAUCAAAUUUGGUUCUUCAGGUUAAAUAAGCUUUUGUAGCUGACUGAGAAUGAAAUUAACAAUUUUGACAUCGAAUCAUAUAUUCCCCAUCUA